GUUUCCCGGGCUCUACGUGGGGAGUGGGGGUCAUCCGCGGUAAUCCACGGCCGCGUGACGUCUGGGGACCCCGGACCUGGAUCAGAGGUUCUGCCCGCGCUCUCCGCGCCUCGUCGCAAUGCCUCGCAAAAUUGAGGAAAUCAAGGACUUUCUGCUCACAGCCAGGCGAAAGGACGCCAAAUCGGUCAAGAUCAAGAAAAAUAAGGAUAAUGUGAAGUUUAAAGUUCGAUGUAGCAGGUACCUUUACACCUUGGUCAUCACUGACAAAGAGAAGGCAGAGAAGCUGAAGCAGUCGCUGCCCCCAGGUUUGGCAGUGAAGGAGCUGAAAUGAAUCACGCACACUGAUUUGAACUGUAUUAAAAUUUUUAAAAUUCUCAAAAUG